UAUCAUAUUACAGUAUAUGAUAUACAAUUCUAAGGAGUGGUUGAAGAAGCAGCAGAUUCCAAAUUUCCCACCACGAUUGCGACGAAGGCAAUCCAGCCAAGGUCACCUGGUAUAAGGCAUCGUACCCUGGUUGACGAUCUAACACAGUUCAAGCAACGCUAGGAGAGUGUACACCUACACGGCGAGGGGGAUCCAGGAAGUUUCGGGAAGCCUGUCUAGUGGUAUAUCGCAUACCUUGUAGAAUACACAUAUACCUACAUUUAACCUGGUACUCAGUCGCCAUGUUCGACCGUCUUCGAAAUGCGCCAAAGGACAAGAGCGCACCUCUGGAUAGGAAGAAGCUCGAAGCCUGGCAGAAAUCGCGCUCGGCGUCCAACAAUGCUCGUAAUAGCAUAAAAGGCGGAGACAAUAAUUAUCAAUAUUCGAUCAAAGGUGGUGCUACACCUCCCAGGCCCGCGAGGGAGCCUUACUAUCCUCCUGAAAGUCAUCAAAAUCUUGGGUCUAAUCUUGGUUCUAAUCUCGGCCGCCCGGUGUCGUCGAUCUACUCACAGCCAUCACCCAACGCUGCUACGUUUGCAACGCAGCAGUUGCGAGUCCAAAUCGCGCGUCACGACCCAAACGAGAUUUCACCGCCAAGUUCUCCUGACGUAUUAUCACCAAGAGACGAUCCAAAUUCAGGCGAUGUCUCUCCCAUAGAUGAGGCUCCAGACAUGUCUCAAUUCGCCGUAGAACCUCGGGGUCAUCCGAAGACUGAACCGCGCAGCAUUCCUGUAAUGCGCCGCGAGCGUCGAAAGGACUCAGACGCCGCAUUUAACGCCCUUCGCGAAUCUAAAUCACGGGAAAGACUGAAGCAGCCACGGCCUCAUGGCCAUGACGUGCGUUGGGACCCAAAUACCGGGGAACCCACCACCAAUAUGAAGGGUCGACCCUCCCAAAUCAACCCUCAAGAAUUCGUCCAGGGCCUCGGAAUUCAAUCAGGUUCAGUAUCUCCUCCAACAACCAAGAAGCCUCAGCAUAACCAAAACUCAUUUGGCGACCGUCUACGUCGAAUACGACACCCCAGUGACAGCUCUCAACCUGAACCAGCUUCACGGCCCGAAUGGAGGGGAGCCAGUGGCAGAUCGGCGCUUGUUGCUCCUGUCAACGACAAGAAAGACGUCGCUCCCUUAAAGGUUCCCCGUAAGAACACCAAGCAAGGCGGCCAUGAAGUCCGUCUUUUGUCUCCUAUUGAAUCUGUUGGAUCCGAAUCCGCACAUUCUUCUCAAGCCUACGGCACAAAUCAACAAGAUAUUCCGACGCAAUCGUCCAACAUUGCAGUCACGAGCUCUAGUACUAAUCCUCGCACAUAUCCGAGUCCACCCCUAUCCGAGGACAAUGCGACUCAUCAAUCACUACGUAUUCCGUCAAGCGAUAAAGCAGUGCGUAGGAAACCAGCUGCGGGAGCCGGUCAUCAACACCAGCCAUCAACGUCCUCGUCGAUAUAUUCUGAGCAAGACCCCCGACCGGCUCAACCUCCACCAAACACAUCUUCGGAUAAUUGGGCACAACCGCCUUCUCGGUUUAGCGUCACCACUUAUGCGACAUCUCAGCAAUCAUCGACUCCUAGAGGGAGCAUCGAUCAAGAUGCACCGCCCAUCCCCACUCCGCCACAGCAUUACACCCAGUCAUCUCCCCAACCGGGCCCCUCGAUCCUCGACCGCAAGCGCCCUGUUGUUUCGGGCUACGACAGUGUCGUCUCCUCGCGGAAAACCAGUCCCAUCGAGCCAGUCAAGAUCAGCCUCGACUCGCCGUACUACAUGCCACCAGGUGCGACUUCUAAACCAACCUCGAAAUUAAGCGAGUCGGGAGACAAAGGCAAGACCCUUCCACCAGCGCCGCCCGAGACACUGUCGCAAACCCAAGAUAGGGUAGCGCAGCUCAACGCCAAGCUGCAAGCGCUCGGAAACCGCCGCAUCAACCUGAACACGGCGAUCAAGCAGAUGACGGAGCUCAUGCCGACGGACAACCUCCUAGCGAGCGAGGCCGUGGUCCGUAAGCGCGAAGAUGAGAAGAGGAAGGUGGAAAAACUAAGGGGGGAGCUCGCCGAUGUCGAGAGGGAAUCCUACGAGUUGGGCCUGAAGCUCCAUCGUGCGUAUAAGCGUAUGGAUCGCGAUGCAGAGUACGAGCCCACGACGCUGUGGGUGCGGAGGGUUACGGGUGCGUAAGGGGGGGAUGGAUGGAUACUCGAGUCCUUAUAUGUCCAGAUAGGUAUACUUGGUCACGGGGAAUAGGGGAUACUGUCGGUAGACCUUGUCCACCGACAGAUACCAAAUAAGGAAAAGGGGGGACGAAUACCCAAGUCCUUAUUUACCUAC